AUGCUGAAAAGGAAUUUUUUUCACGAGUUUCGUCGACAUAACAGGAGUUCAAGAUGGAACGCAGAUGCUCAUUUGAGAGCUCACGAACGUUCUGCCAAUGUUGAAGACGACGCAAUCAUGAGAGUCGAUACAUGUCAAUUGGCUGCCAACAAUCCGAUCGAAGAUUUUUAUUCUGCAGCUAAAUGCAUAUCGAGCCGUGCUUUUCUUUUCGGAGUAUUUGAUGGGCACGGCGGUCAACAAUGUAGUCGUCAUAUUUCUACAAAUCUCUAUCCGUACUUAUGUGCUUCAGUAUUAAAAAAGCAUGAAAUAGGUGACUAUUCUCCAGACCAGAGACUUGAAUGGUUGUUCAGCAGCUCCGACGGCCAUCUCCCAAACGCAUUCAAAUCCCGGGAAACACGCAACAUCGCUGCUUAUCACAAAGAAUUCAAAAAGAACCCGAAUACCUACACAGGAACUGUUCGAGAAGCAUUAAAACUCGCAUUCGAAACAUGUGAUAAGGAUUUGGGCGAUAAUGCACUGCCCAAUGCGAAGGGAGUCAUAGAUAGGCACGCCGCGAUGGUUGCUGCUUCAGGAUCGUGCUGUACUUUGGCCCAUAUUCGAUCAAGGCAUUUACACGUGGCCAAUCUUGGAGAUGCUGCUGCAGUUUUGGGGGUUGUGAACCCGAAUGGCAGCGUAACAGCUAGGCAACUUUCAAGAGCACAUUGUGUUGACAAUGCCGAUGAAGUGCAAAGGAUUCGAAUCGCUCAUCCCGCUUCGGAAUCUCAAACUGUCUUGCGAGGUGGACGACUGUUGGGAGAGCUUUUUCCACUACGUGCAUUUGGAGACGUUCGAUACAAGUGGCCGCUUGAUCUUCAGAAAGUGGUACUAGAACCACUGGGCCAUCCACCACCCCAGCACCUCUACACUCCCCCCUAUCUAUCGACAUCACCGGAGGUUUUCUACCACAAGCUUACACCAAAUGAUAGGUUUCUCGUGUUAGCCACGGAUGGUUUGUGGGAAUGGUUAGAUCCUGAUACUGUUGUUCGUCUCGUUCAUGAUCACACACUGGGAACAAUCACACAACAAGCGUAUGUGCCCAAGUCAGGCACAACACUGCAACAAGUUCGGGAGCAAUUGAAAGAAAGAGCAAGAGGUGAACAGAAAACCAAAAAGCCGAUCGAUGAGAACUGUGCCACCCAUAUUAUUCGACAUGCGCUUGGAGGUGUAAGUGGAGGAGCAACAAAACAGUAUGAACGCCUUAUAGAUAUUCUGCAGGUACCACCUGGUCGCGCUCGGAAUUAUCGUGACGACAUUACAGUAAUUGUCAUCCAUUUCAACGAAACUUUUCUGGACGGACACGAAGAAGACGAAGAGUAA